GUACAAAUAUCAGGCCAGCCUCCCGGCGCAGCACACUCCACCCCUCCGGGCUGUCUCCCUCCGCACACCGCGGCCCCAGUGUCUCAGCUGCCACAGCUGACGUGGGAAGGAAUCCCGCCCCGGACUGAGUCUUGCCCGGGGGGCGGCUGCUUUGGGCACAGGACAGUCGGGCAGCGGGCGCCGGGGGAAAGCGGGCGAGCGACUCGGCCAUGGCGCGGGUCCCGGGAGGGCUGGCGGCGCUGCUGCUCGUCACGAUCUGUUUGAACUUUGGAAAUGGACUUCACGUAGAGGUUUUUAAUCAAGCUGCCAAAAAUGACCAUCUGUCUAAUCAGAAUAGUAAAAUCAGACAAAAGCGGGAAUGGAUUGUUCCACCUGCUAGAGUUUUGGAAGAGGAUGACAGUGUGACGAGAAAACCAAUUGCUAAAAUAACUUCUGAUCAUGCAUACGAGCUAGGGGUGGUAAUUACUUACACAAUUUCUGGCCAGGGAGUGACAGAACCACCUUAUGGAUUGUUUGUUAUCAAUGGAAAAACUGGAGAACUGAGCAUAACAAAAAGAGUUGACCGAGAAAAAACUCCAAUGUUCUUGGUUAGAGGUCAUGCACUUGAUCAGAAUGGGAGAAAAAUGGAAGAGCCAAUAGACCUGACAAUUCAAGUUGAUGAUAUAAAUGACAAUUACCCAGUGUUUUCAGAGAAAGUUUUUAUUGGCUCUGUUGAAGAGUUAAGUGAAUCAGGUACACUUGUGAUGAGGAUAAAUGCAACCGAUGCAGAUGAGCCGAAUAAUCUAAAUUCCAAAAUUGCUUUCAAGAUUCUUCAAAAUUCUAAUUCAUUCAGUAUUCUAAAAAACACCGGCGAGAUUAUAACAUCAACAUUAUACCUUGACAGAGAGAAACAAAGUAGUUACACUUUGACUGUAGAAGCAAGAGACAGAGAUGGAAGCGAAAUUGGGCUAGCUACAACCAGUACUGUGAAAAUCAAGAUUUUGGAUGUCAAUGACAAUAUGCCUGUUCUUGAAAGGGAGACAUAUGAAGGCAGUGUUGAGGAAAACAGAGCAAAUGUGGAAAUUAUGCGACUCCAAGUAUCUGACAAAGAUGAAAAAUUCUCUGAUAAUUGGCUGGCAAACUUUACAAUUGUCUCUGGGAAUGAAGGGGGUUAUUUCCGUAUAGAGACAGAUGCUCAAACAAAUGAAGGAGUUUUGACUCUUGUGAAGGAGCUCAAUUAUGAGGAAAUGCAAACCAUGAACUUGAGCGUUGUCGUUACAAAUAAAGCAGCAUUUCACAAAUCAAUUAGUAAUAGUUACAAAGUAAAACCAAUUCCAGUCACAAUUAAGGUGAAAAAUGUGCUAGAGGGCCCUGUAUUCAAACCCAGCACAAAGGUGAUUGAAACAAGUGAGACUAUGACGAUAAACCAGAUUAUUGGGAGAUAUCAAGCCUUUGAUGAAGACACUUCAAAAGUAGCAGAACAUAUUACAUAUGUCAAAAAAAAUGAUAAAGAUAAUUGGAUCAUGAUAGAUUCUACUACAGCUGAAAUCAAGCUAAUAAAAAUACCUGAUUAUGAGUCCUCUUAUGUAAUUAAUGGUACCUACACUGCCACCAUUCUGGCCAUAACUAAUGAUUAUUCUAAGAAAACAGCCACUGGUACCAUUGUAAUUCAGGUUGUGGAUGCCAAUGAUAAUUGUCCAAUCAUUGUGACUCCAACACAGACUGUGUGUUCAGAUGCAAAGUUCUUCAGUUUUACAGCUGAGGAUCGAGAUGCUUAUCCAAAUAGUGCUCCCUUCACUUUUACUGUCAUUGAUGAGCCUGAAGGGAUGACAAAGAAAUGGGUAAUUGGAGAGACAAAUGCAACAAGCAUGCAGCUGUUACUACCACAAGAUGUAAAGCCCAGCACAAAUCAAGUUCAAAUUUUAGUGAAAGAUAUGCUAGGCUUAAGCUGUCCUGAAAAGCAGAUCCUUACACUGACAGUUUGUACGUGUGUGAAUGGGCAUUCCUGCCAGGACAGACAAAUCGGCUCUUCAGUUGGGCUGGGAGCUGGAGCAAUUGCACUAAUUAUCUUGGCAAUUUUAUUAUUGCUACUUGUGCCACUCUUAUUGCUGUUUUGCCAUUGGGGAUCAGGUGCUAAAGGAUUCACAGCAAUACCUGACAGUAAUGAAGAGAUGUUACAUAAAUGGAACAGUGAAGGGGCAGCACCUGAAGACAAGGCAGUGCUAACCCUCAUCGCUCCCACUGCAUUGGACAACUCAGCAGGAAAUAUGCGUAGUGGAGCAGCAGCAGCGAUUGGUGCAGAGGCAGUUGGUAUAGGAGGAGGCAGUUCUCGAUCCCAUAUUGAAGAACGCUAUGGUAAUGCUAACAUGAGCAAUGGGAGAUGGGAAGAACAAAGACAUCUUUUUUCUGGUGCAAAAUAUGGAGCCAUGGCAGCUGGCGGGGCCAUGGCAGCUGGCGGGGCCAUGGCAGCUGGCGGGGCCAUGGCAGCUGGCGGGGCCACGGCAGUUGGGGAGGCCAUGGCAGCUGGCGGGGCCAUGGCAGUUGGGGAGGCCAUGGCAGCUGGCAGGGCCACGGCAGCUGGGGAGGCCAUGGCAGCCGGCGGGGCCAUGACAAUGGGAGCUGGACGGACCAUGACGAUAGGAGCUGGACGGACCAUGAUGAUAGGAGCUGGACGGACCAUGACUACGGGAGCUGAAGUGGGCAUAGAUGAAGAAUUUUUGAGAGACUACUUCAAUGAGAAAGCUGCCACUUUUGCUGAUGAAGAUGAAGCUCAACUAGCAAAAGACUGUCUCUUGCUUUACUGUCAGGAAGAAGCAGGCUCCUCACAUGGUUCCAUUGGCUGCUGCAGCUUUAUUGAAGAUGACUUGGAUGACCGUUUUCUAGAUGAUUUAGGAGAUAAAUUUAAGACCCUAGCAGAGAUCUGUCUGGGCAAACAUGCAGAAGUGGAAACCAGCCAGCAUAGUUCUCAUGGGCUGCAGGCUAGUUACACAACUCUGGCUGAGGUUUCAGGGAUGCAAAGCAUAAGCGGGCAGACCACCAUUUCUGGACCUGGAAGGCAGGAGCGUAUACUAAUCACAGACCCCCUCUUUAACCAAACAGGCUUAGGUUUGGAGGAGUCUUCUACCAUAAGUAAGUCUUCAAACGUCACAAAAUACAGCACUGUGCAGUAUACUCGCUCAUAAAAUAUAUAUCCCUCAGACAGCUCUGUUAGGCAUCAUUUAUAUCUCUACCAGCAACACUGGCAACUUUUUAGUAUCUCAAGAUCUCCAUUUUCUUGUGCUUUUAAAAAUAGACUGCAUUUUCUUACAGUAGUUUCUUUAAAUAAGAAAUAUGACCAGGGAAAAAAGCAGCUGACUUUACAGUGUUUUAUAGCAAUGCUUUCAAGGUGGACAAUUAAUAGGAAUAAUGUUUCCUUGUUUUUUUCCUUCUACUACUGUAUAAUUUAUCACAUGUAAGAUAACGCUGGUGAAGGCUAAACCCAUCACCCACAUGCAGAGAAUGAUAUAAUUCGAAAGCCAGAAAAGUCUUGAAAAAAAUUGUAAUGACCAACUAAAAAUGUUGUUAAACUAAAUUUCUAUGAACUGUUUGUCUCCUAUGUUCUAAAGUGUCUUGCAGGCACUCUGGAACUUAGUCAUCAAUUUCAUUCCCUCUCAUCUAAAAGGGCCAGAAACAACUUUUCUCCACGGAGAUGGGGGCUGUCUGUAUAUGCAAUAUCCCAGGCUCCAGCAGAUUUACAAAUGGAAGAAUUUGUCAGAAUUUCAGAAAUAAUUUGAGUCAGAUAAUGAUCUCUAGCUGUGAGGUGCACACUGCCUCAGAGCUAGGAAAACCUGUUCCUGGGAAUUCACCCCAAAGAGCAGUAGGUUUGCCGGUGUUCGACACAUGUUCACCUCACAUAGGAGGACCAGAACUUUCGACUUCUAAUCUGAAUUUUGAUUUCUGCCCCAUCUUUCCAUUACAUAGUUACCUUUUUAAGGAACAUUUUAAUACCAUGGCCUUAAAAAUAACUAAACUUGAAAAAGAUAAAACUGUUUAACAUGUUACCUUGAAAAACUAAUUUCCAUUGGGUAGGGAUGAUGUCCUUAGCCUCUGUUUGCCAGAAGCUGGGAAUGGGUGACGGGAUGGAUCACUUGAAGAUUACCUGUUCUGUUCAUUCGCUCUGGGGCACCUGGCAUUGGCCACUGUUGGAAGACAGGAUACUGAGUUAGAUGGUCCUUUGGUCUGACCCAGUAUGGCCAUUCACAGAGAAGAGAUAAGAACAUAAGAAUUUUGCUUAUAGUUAUGGUUUAAUGCUUACAUAAUACAAUUAAAAGGAAAUUUUCCUUGCAUGAUUCCAGUCCAGGCACCAAGAAAAAUGUGCCUUUAUAUAUGAGAAUUUGUGUUGCAAUAUUUCCUCAAGACUCCUAAAUAAUUUGCGGAUCUUGUCUGUGAAGAUCUCUCUCUUUCCACACUGUGCCAAAAUAAAUGUGCCACCCCGUAAGCCAAUAUAAAAGUAAAAUAGAGAGGCACGGUCCUGCUGGGAAGCCAAGCAGCCAAAACUACUUGUUACGUUCCCAGAAAUGCUGCUUAUGGAACUCGCAGGAGUGAUAGCCAGAAGCUGUGAAAUCAGUAUUUCCUGUAAUUCAAAGCAAUGCUUGCACCUUGGCACAUAGUUUGGAGAGUAAGUAGAAGACAGCUGAGCUGUCUGCAGACCAUUGAAUACUGAAGAAAGUCAGUUACUUUUUGACAUAUUGCACCAGCUUUGAUGUAAUGCACAUAAGCAUUUUAAUCUUCCAUAUUUUUGCUUACUUCUAUUGGUCAUUAAAUAACACAUGAAACAAACAUAGCUCUCCCUCGUCUUUCCACCACUGUGAGCAUAGAUGUAGGGCCAGAGAUUCAGGCAUAUUUGAGAUCACUUAGACAUCUAUAGGACCUGAUUUGCAGAUACAAUCAGGUAAGUGACCUAAAGCCUGUUGUAAAAUUGCAGUCACAAAACUGGAGGUGCAGGUUAAAAUUUGACAUCAAGAGUCAGAUCCUAUUUCCACUGAAGUCAAUGCUAAAAUUCCUGCUGACUUUACUGCUUCAUGCCUGGGGCCUUGCUUAUAUUUGGUGAGAAAUGAGGGAGCUCACUACAGUUUGUACAGAACUUUCAGUUAGUCAUUUCAUUUUUUUUCUUGAUAUUUAAAUGUGGGGAAAAAGGGAAACUCAUUUACUCAGAAAAAGGAGGGGAAAGUAAUGUAGUAUGUAUAUAUCUGAAUGUAAAUUUUUAUUUUUAUGAAAUUUGGGAAAACCCAAGUGAAUUUUGUUUAAAAUCUAAGCUGGAAGGUGCUAUGAAUAGGAGAAGCCACCUUAAUGCUUUUUGGAACAGAUAUGACACAGUAAAAAUAUUACAAGCGUUGUUAAUUACCGUUUAAUUUUGCACAUGAAAGAUAUGGGACUGGUUAAGUGAAGCAGAUGUAUAAGUAUGUGAAGAACUGGGGCCUUCGAUUGCAGAGACAGAACUUCAGUGGUUCUGAUUAUUACUUUCAGUUUCAUUUCAGUUUCCAUUUCUAUCAAAUUUUCAUCCAAUUGCAUUGCUGUGUAUUGCCAUAUUAUUUUCUGCCUGAAUUUUUUUUAAACAAAGAUAUAUUUGAAACAGGGAAAAGUGUGUAGAAAGCAAUUUAAAACAGAAACUUGUAUUAUAUUUAAAUAGGAGAAAUAUGAAAAUGAGAACUAUAGUCUUUGUUCAUCACGGGGUAGGUAAGCACUUGCUAAUUUAAGCACAUGAGUAGUUCCAUAUAAGUCAGUGAAAAUACUCAUGUGCUUAAAUUUGGCACAGGCUUAAGCACCUUGCUGAACUGGGAUCUAUAUCUCUGGUUUUAGUUUUUAAUGUAUAUGGCAUAAACUUGUAUUUCAUUCCAAGCAUGAAUUUUGAAUGGAUAACUGCUCUUUUUUCCUACAAGUAGAGGAAAUGGAUUUAUGCUGGUUUUAUAUGUGACCUUUUUUAGGGUGACUUCUAUAUUUUUAUGGAACUUCAAAUAAAGGAAGAUGCUGAUA